CCAGAACCUACUCGCCUUUGCUUCGCCAUUGAGCCUCGGGUACCAAUCGAAAUUUCGAGGAACAGAAGACUCUCAACAUACACGUUGGCACGGCGGACUCACUGGCACAAGAUUCCCAAUUGUCCCAGCAGCGGUGUUCUUCGGACUCCUCAGCCGAGGUCUCUGCAUUCACACAGAUGAAGCUAGAGUAGCUUUACGAAGACCUUAUCUUACUCGGACUGCCUACACCACAGCCAUCCCAAUGCUGUUCCACAAAUCUUGCACGAGGUUGGCAACCGCACGUCCUGCAACCAUGCCUCUACGCGCGAAGAUCCUGAGCCCGGCCAUGCAGCAGAGUGCUGCGCGAUCAUUCACGACUGUUUCCGGAAUCAAAGAGCAGCCCGGCGAUGAACCUAACGAUGUCCUCUUUAGCAGUCAGGGUGGUGUACGGAGCAUCACGCUCAACCGGCCCAAGAAGCUGAACUCGCUCAACGGCAGCAUGGCUCGCAAGAUCAUACCCCGUUUGCAGGAGUGGAGCAAGAGCGAAUUGGCAAAUGUGAUUACCAUCAAAGGCGAAGGGCGCGCUUUCUGCGCUGGAGGUGACGUUGCUUGGCUGGCACAGAGGAAUAAGCAGGGGACUGAAGGACAACAAGAGAGCAAGGACUACUUCGCCUUGGAAUACAAGCUGGAUCACCUCAUCUCAACUUACACAAAACCAUAUGUCGCCCUCAUCGACGGAAUCACAAUGGGAGGAGGCGUUGGUCUCUCCUUGCACGCUCCGUUCCGGAUAGCGACAGAGAAUACCGUCUUUGCCAUGCCAGAGACCAAUAUUGGUUUCUUCCCAGAUGUUGGAGCAUCCUUCUUCCUGCCACGAAUGGAUGGUGAGCUUGGGAAAUACUUCGCUUUGACCUCCGAGCAGAUCAAGGGACCCAACGUCUUCUACGCCGGUAUCGCGACACAUUACCUACACUCCUCUUCUAUACCUGACCUGGAGGCACGCCUGGCCGAGUUGCAAUUCAAGGACUACGACGACCUCAAACGCAGAUACCGGGCCGUCAAUUCAACAAUAGAAGAGUUUGCUACUGGCCUGCCACACGACCAGCCCAUUUCGGCACCCGUCGGUGGUAACAUUCGAGCCGCAAUCGAUUAUGUUUUCCAGCCUGCGCACAAUAUCUCAGGGAUCCUCGAUGCUCUCACAGGUCUUGCUGAGAUGUCGCCUGGCGUCCGUGGGUACCCGGAAGUCAACGAGUGGGCGGAGAAAACCCGCAAGGCUAUCCUGCAGCGCUCGCCUACGUCAGUCAAAGUUUCGCUCCAGCAGCUGGAUCGAGGGCGCCAGUGGUCCAUUGGCGAAACUUUUCGUCGUGAACAUGCCAUUGCAUCUCGCUUUAUGGAGCAUCCCGAUUUUGUGGAAGGCGUGACAGCUCUGCUUGUCGAUAAGCCCAAAAGAACACCCAAGUGGUCUCCUGGGUCGCUCGAAAAGGUGUCGGACGCUGAUGUUGACAGCUUCUUCAGCUAUCAGUCGCAAUUCGAUCUUCUGGGCACAGAAGCUGGUAGCACGGGCGAGGACUACAAAGAGUACCCGCAUGCCUGGAUUGGCCUGCCGACGGAAAUUGAGGUCCAAACUAUGGUGCGAGGAUAUACGCGCGAGCAGAUUAUCGAGGAGUGUCUGAGGAGGUUCAACGGAAAGCAGGGUGUGAAGGAGAAGGUCAACGAAAUCCUGGAUCGCAAAACGAGUGUCGACGAGAAAACAGGAAAGCUGGCCUGGUCUCAAUAGAGCGCUGAAUGCAAUUCGUGUGAGACGCUCCAUAGAUGUACCAAAAAGUGUGCGCAAGAAGCAAGACAUUCUGCAGUUCACACUGAAGAGGAAAGGCACCAUAUCGAGCAGGAAACUUGCUCU